AUUGACAGUGUUACUUUCACUUUCCCCGGGCGAAUGCUGCGGGCCGAGCGCAGGUUCAUCGAUUCGGAACAAACCCACAUUUCUUGUCCCACACCGUUCUACGGAAAAGCCAGCAGACAGAAUUGAAGCUCUUUGAUCGCCAGAAUUAGCUGAGCAACGUGCGUGAGCAGGGCCGGCUCCAGAGCCCAGGGGGAUCAAGUUACAGUGAAGAUGAAGGUUCUCUCAUUCUGCCACAGCUCCAGAGCCUGCUUCCCUCUCUCUGGGUUUAUUAUUUUCUUCUUUACUUGUUAUGUUCACAGGAUGGAAUCAGCAAAGUUCACAGUGAUUGGACCCUCUGACUCUGUCACUGCCAUCCUGGGUCAGGAAACUGUGUUACCCUGUCACCUGUCCCCCAGCAUGAGUGCUGCAAACAUGGAGGUGAGAUGGUUCCGAUCUGAGUUUGCAUCCUUUGUGCACCUGUAUCUUGAUGGGAAGGAUCAGUAUGAAGGGCAGAGGCCAGAGUAUCACAGAAGGACAGAGCUUUUGAAAGCCGGACUUGGAGAUGGGAUUGUUCCCCUGAGGAUUCUCAAUAUCAGACAGGCUGAUGAAGGACGAUACCUCUGUUUUGUUCAAGAUGAUACUUUUUAUGGAGAAACUGUAUUGGAACUGCGAGUAGCAGGUCUAGGCUCUGCUCCUCUCAUCUCUGUGGAGGGUCACCAGGAUGGAGGGAUUCGGGUGGUUUGUCUAUCAGCUGGUUGGUACCCAGAGCCUGAAGUGCUGUGGAAAGAUCUGAGUGGGCGAGAUUUACCAUCACUCUCUGAAACAACAUCCCGAGGCGAUAAUGACCUGUUUGAAACAGAAAGUGCGAUUGUUGUGAAAAAACAUUCAAACCAAAACUUGUCCUGUUGCAUCAGGAACACCGUCCUCAAUCAAGAAAAGGAAUCAGCAGUGUAUAUAGCAGAUUUCUUUUUCCCGAGGGCGAAUCCCUGGAUGGUGGCGCUGAGUGUGAUCCUGGUGGUUUUGUUUGGUUUCAUUGGCCUCACUGUUUAUCAGUUUAAAACGAAAGGGAAACUUAAUGAAGAAAUUGGCAAACGAGAUAUAGAAAUUGAGAAACGAGAUAACGAGAUAAGGUGGAGAAGAUCCGUGGCACCUAUAGAAGAAGCGAAUGUGACUCUGGAUCCAGACACGGCUCAUCCCCAACUCGUCCUGUCUGAGGAUCAGAAAAGUGUGAGACGGGAAGACAGAUGCCAGGAUCUGCCCGACAACCCUGAGAGAUUUGACAUUUGGGGCUGUGUGCUGGGCUGUGAAGGAUUCACCGCGGGGAGACAUUGCUGGGAGGUGGAGGUGGGGGCUGGGGAACGCUGGGCUGUGGGGGUGGCCAGAGAGUCUGUGAGCAGGAAGGGAGAGAUCACCCGUAGCCCUGAGGGGGGGAUCUGGGCUGUGGAGCGGUGGGGGGAUCAAUUCCAGGCUCUCAGCUCCCCUGUGACCCCCCUGCCCCUGAGCCGGGCCCCCAGCAGGAUCCGGGUUUGUCUGGACUGUGACCGGGGGCAGGUGACAUUUAUUGAUGCUGGUGACGAGGCCCCGAUCUUCACUUUCCCGCCGGGCUCCGUCCCUGGGGAGAGAAUCCGACCCUGGCUCUGGGUGGGGCCAGAAUCCCAGCUCCGACUGUGUCCCUGAGACACGCAGCUGAGGGGGGGGGAACCGGAAAUCAGCCUCUCUAGCCUCAUGUACCCCAGUCUCUAUGACCUUGGAGGACUCCCAUCUACCCAGCUUCUGGCUCCUCAUCUCUAUGACCUGUGGAAGCCCCUCCCCCUCCCUGCAGCACCAGAGGGGCCCUGCGGGGCAGAGUGGGGGCUGGGCAGGGGCAGAACUAACAGCUGGGCAGGGGACAGGCGGAGGUGGGGGUGGCAGGGACACAGCAUGAAUCAAUCAGGGUUUGGGGGGGUUGGGGAGAAGCAGCAGCAGCCAGGGGCGUUUUGUACAGAUCUGUGUCCUUAGAUCUCAUUGGCGGCUCCCAGCCAGGGAUCAGCAUGAGGGGAAGGGACAAGAUCAGGGAAGGAAUAGAGCAGCUGAGGGGGAUGAUCUGUGACAGGGAGGAGAGAGACAGGGAAAUAAACAGGGAUGGGAAGUGAGGCUAGAACAAUAAUGAAUAGAAAAGGACAGUAUGGAAGGAAAGGGAACAUGAGCGGGACGGGGAGGUUUAUUACAUAUUACUGAAAGUGAGUCUGUAACUCAUUAAUUCCCUAUAUUAAUUCCUGGCCAUUGGUGCUAUUUUAGUGCCAUUAAGAAAACUGUUCUCAGUAGCUGGGGAUCUCCUUGCCAUGCUGUGGUUAUUAAAGCUCCUUCUCAGAUCCUUUUACUUUGCUACUUUCCAGCUACUUACUGUAAA